AUGCCGCUGUUGCGGAGGCUGCUGCGCCCCGAGGAGCUGGGCGACGCGCCUGCAGCCGCGACCGCCACGGCCGAGCAGCUCUUCGCCUCGAGCAUUUACUCGCAGGAGCUGCGCGCGCAGCGGCAGAAGGCGGCGGCUCUGUGCAGUGCCCCAUUGGUGGCCAUAUCCUCGCUGGCGGCGCGGCAGAAUGACACGAGAUCAGAGCUAGGAAACCUGUUGGACCAGGCUGCAAGUUGCAGUAUUGAGCAAUGCGUGACUGCCGCCUUGAUGGUCGCCAAGGACAAAAGGCAGGUGCUGUUCCUGGUUCGAGACCCGAAGCUGGUGACGAAGCGCUUGGCGGCGGCUGUUUCGAGCCCCGACGCAGCGGUGCCGACGAAUUUAGCGGCCGAAUAUCUCCAUCGAGUGCGUUUCCGCCAGUGUCGGAGUGUCUACGAGCUGCUGUGUGAGCUGGAUCGCGUGGAGCGUAUGGAGCAGGGUGCGCAGGAUGGAGUGAGGAUCCAGCUCGUGGCGCUCGGGCCGCUUUGCGAUCUAUUCGCUGGCUUCCAGACGGCGUCUGGUAUCACGGCCACCGGUGCGGGGCUCAAGCGCUUGGUGGAGCUCGCGAUCAAGCGGCUGCGCGCGACGCCCGGCAUCCACGUCAGCGUCAUAGAGUCGAGCAAGCCGCGCCGAGUCGCGCACACACUCGCUUCGACGCCGAGCUCAGCAGCUCAGCAGCCCACCCAGCUCCACGCAGAUCUCCCCGCAAGCAGUACCGUAGACGACAUGGCUCUGGAGACGCUCAGCGCGCGGCCACGCGCCCAGUCGGGCGGCGCCGGCCUCCUGCAGACGGCCAAGGCCGGCCACGUGUCGGUGGACAUGCGCCCGGAGUUGAACGACGAGGAGGGCGCGAGCUCCGAGACGGCGCAGCUGCUGGGCGAGGACAACAGCGACAACAACGGCGGCAGCAAGAGCAGCAAGACCGCCAAGCAGCUGAGCGUGGACCUGGAGGCCGCCGACGACCAGGAGCUCAAGAAGAAGGAGAAGGCGGGCGCCGCGGCCAAGACGUCGUACGUGGCGCCCUCGGUCGUGGUCUUCUGGCUCAGCAUGUGGUUCACGCAGAACAUCGGCGUGACGUUCUGGAACAAGAAGGCGCUGGGCGCGCUGCGCCUGCCCGUGACGCUCACGUUCGUGCACAUGGCGUGCAACACGCUGGGCGCGUUCCUCUUCAUCCACGUGUACAAGGGCAUCGAGCGCAAGCCGCUCAAGCCCGGCCAGAAGCAGCUCAUGGUCUACUUCUCGCUCAUCUUCGUGAGCAACAUCAUCACGGGCAACUGGAGCCUCGGACUCGUGUCCAUCUCGUUCAACCAGGUCAUGCGCGCGCUCGUGCCGGCGGUCGUCGUCGUGCUCAGCAUGCUCAUCCUCGGCAAGUCGUACUCGCUCAAGCGCAAGCUGUCGCUUGUCCCCGUGGCUUUUGGUGUCUACUUGGCCUGCACGGGCGACAACUCGUGCACGGUGCUGGGCUUCAUCAUCACGGUCGUAGCCAUCAUCUUCGCUGGCCUGAAGGCGGUGCUGUCCAACAAGUUCCUGAGCGGCGACCUCAAGCUGCACCCCGUGGACUUGAUCCUGCACCAGGCGCCGCUGUCGGCCUGCUGGUGUCUGAUCACCAUGUUCCUGACCGGCGAGGUGGACACCAUCAUGAACAACUGGGAGGUCGUGCCGUCCGCCAGCUUCUGGUUCGUGCUCACCGGCAUCAUCAGCUUCAUGCUCAACGUGACGAGCUUCAUGGCCAACAAGGUCACGUCGCCCGUGACGCUCUGCGUGUGCGGCAACAUGAAGCAGGUGGUUGUGAUCGUCAUGUCCAUCCUCAUCAACCACGACGUCAUCACCGUGCAGAAGGCCAUCGGCAUCGUCGUUGUAUCUAUCGGUGGCGCCACCUACGCCUACAUCUCGACGAAGGAGACAAUGGGCCAGUCCACGCUCCCCGCACCAGCGAAGACGAAGGUGCAGACGCAGACGGCGUAA